GACCGGUGCGACCAGCUCCGGAGCGCGAACCUUCCGAAGUGUUGCAGUCAGCGCGAAGGGGGGCGCCCCCCCCGUGCCAGCCUGCAGACGUCAGGCGCGGCACGGCGCGGCGCCCAGGGAAGCCGCGAGCCCGGCGCGCUUCUCAGGUAAACAAGCAAAGGGGAAGAAAAUGGCGGGCCGCGUCGGUCUUCCUGAGGGGCAAGGCGAAGAGGCACAGGCGGAGGGAAUGCGCGGCGCUUGUGGAUGGCCGCCGAUGGCCGGCCCCCCCUCCCUGCCUGGGCUGGCUGCGGGCGGGGCACCCUCCCCGCGGAGCCGCGCCAAAACGGUCGCGGCCCGCCCGCUGUGUUCUGAG